GGCGCAGCUUCCCGGCUCCGCCUCAGCCACAUCCGGGUUCAACCGCAGGUUCCGACUGACAGCAGGCGGAACCUUUCUUCCUCCUAUUAAGUUGCGCGGCGGGGACCCUUUAAGCCACCACGCACAGCUUUCCACUGGUACUGCCGAUACCUUGACGCCGGGGAGGCGCACGUGAUUAUUCUGCUUGCUACUUGCUUCAUCGUGAGUAGCAUGGACCUGCUUGCGGAAGAGUUUGGGAACCUGACCCCGGAGCAGCUGGCUGCGCCGAUCCCAACUGUAGAGGAAAAAUGGCGGCUGCUUCCAGCAUUUUUAAAGGUGAAAGGCCUUGUGAAACAGCAUAUAGAUUCAUUUAACUAUUUCAUUAAUGUAGAGAUAAAGAAAAUAAUGAAAGCCAAUGAAAAGGUUACAAGUGAUGCUGACCCCAUGUGGUACUUAAAAUAUCUUAAUAUCUAUGUCGGGCUCCCUGAUGUUGAAGAAAGCUUCAACGUAACUAGACCAGUGUCCCCUCAUGAGUGCCGAUUGCGCGACAUGACCUACUCCGCUCCCAUCACGGUGGAUAUCGAGUACACCCGAGGCAGCCAGAGGAUCAUCCGUAAUGCCUUACCCAUUGGCAGAAUGCCCAUAAUGCUGCGUAGUUCAAACUGUGUUCUUACAGGAAAAACACCAGCAGAAUUUGCUAAACUGAAUGAAUGUCCUUUAGAUCCAGGUAG